CCGCCCUCAGCCCACCCCGCGCGGCCCAAGGCGGAAGGAGCGGCUCCGCCGCCCUCCGCUCGCUGCUCCCGCGGCCGCCCGGCUGCCCUUUUCCGCCCGGCUGAAGCACACGUCGGUCCGUCAGCUCGCCACCGCUAUGCUGGGUGUCGCGGAGCCGGCGAAAGGGGAAGUACCUUAUAGUCUGCUUGCCUAAUCUCCAUCUUGCUACACUGAUCAGAAGAAUAUUGUGGGAGGCAGUCUUGCUCAAGCAAACAUGAGAUCAGUGUCAGAAGAGCCAGUACCAUUGCACGAAGAAUUUAUCUACUGUUGUGGAGCUGCUACCCAUGUUUUAAAGUGUGGGCCCUGGAAAGACCUCUCAAAGGAUGAAAGUAAAAAUCUACCCAGGCUCUUGUUCAUGAUUAUUCCUGGUAACCCUGGGCUGGCAGGUUAUUACAGGACCUUUAUAAAGGCGUUAUAUUGUGGACUAAAUCAGCAAUAUCCCGUCUGGGUUGUGAGCCAUGCUGGACACUGUAAGCCUCCUAGUGGUAUGGAGAUGAUAGAAGACACAGACAUUAAGGAGCUGGAGGAUGUGUUUGGACUUAAUGGACAAGUAGAACAUAAGCUGAACUUCCUUAAAAAGAACGUAUCUAAAGAUAUAAAGCUGGUACUGAUUGCUCAUUCUAUUGGUUGCUACAUCACACUGGAGAUGAUGAAGCGAGCAUCAGAACUUCAGGUCCUCCGCUCCGUGCUGCUGUUUCCCACGAUAGAGCGCAUGGCCCAGUCCCCCCAGGGCAAGCUGAUGACCCCGCUGCUGUGCAAGCUGCGCUAUGCCCUCUACAUGCCCGUCUACCUGCUGUCCUUCCUGCCCGAGGGCGUCAAGGCCUCCCUCGUGCGCUUUGCUCUGCGGGGCAUGAAGACCUGCGAUGAAUCUUCCAUAACGACCUCCGUAAAUCUCUUCAGCGUGGAUUGCAUCGCCAACAUCUUGUAUAUGGCCAGCCAAGAAAUGAUGAAGGUUGUGGAGAGAGACAGUACAACCAUAAAGCAAAACUUAAAGAAGCUGAUUUUUUACUAUGGAACUGGAGACAGCUGGUGUCCACAGAACUACUACGAUGAGAUCAAAAUGGAUUUUCCAGAUGGGGACAUUCGACUUUGCGAGAAAGGGCUCCGCCAUGCGUUCGUGCUGGAUGCCAGCAAGGAGAUGGCUGCCAUGAUUACGGACUGGUUACGGGAUGAUCUGACCAAAUUAUAAACAACGAUUCAGUGAUUAACAAGAAAACGAUGUAAUUAUUUUGUGAACGUGUAAUUUUUUGUGAGAGAGUCUGUCCUAUCUUUUUUUUUUCUGUUUACUACAGAUUAUGGCUUGUUUUCUACUGAGAAGUUUUAGAGAAAGUUAAAGAGAGACUGGCUGGUCCAAAAUAUAGUUUUAUCGAUUUAAUGGUGAUGUACUUUGAUGCUGUGUCUUCAGCACUCUGAAAGACUUGGAAAAGUAUGGGAUAUUUAUUGUCUCCUAGCACUCUAGACAACACUGAUACUAGAUUGACUGACUAGAAGUGCAGCUGAGUUACUGCCACCUCAGCUGCUUGCUGAAGAGACAUCAGGGCUGGAUUUAGGGCAGCCCAGUUGGUCUGGUUUAGAAAGAAAUAUCAUGCUACUCCAUAUGGAUAAAAAUUCCCCUGUGGGAACUGAUCCUGGUGUGCUCUGAAACCUCUGACCCUCUCCACCCAUUUCAUCUCUGUGUAUCCCUGGCACAGUAGUGAGUGCAAGAGUAAUAGACAGCCAGAACAGCCCAGGGCCCAGCAUUAUCUCCUUCGGGUGGGAUAGUGCUGUUGGCUUCAGAGAUCAGGCUGAGGUCAGGCUUUUUAUGAGGGAGAUGUGAAGAUGAGGUGAAGACAAGAUCCUCCAAAUCUCAGAUGGGGCUCAGAGUGCUGCCAGAACUCCACGGUGUGUUAAAUAUAACGUAAGGUAAGUGUGGCCUCUCAGCUGGGGAAUAUAUUUGGAGCCUUUGGUUCAAAUUUUCUGAUUGUAAAGAAAGUAAAGGAGCCUUGUCACAGGUGCCAGUGUUACGAGUUUGAAGUGCAUUCAGAAUCCAUGUGUAACUACUUGUAAGUGUCCUAGCUCUCUGAGCUGUCCUUCUCAUAAUGAAGCCUGUGGGAAUGGUGUUUGCUCAGCAACUUUGAAGAAUUAAAUCACUUUUGAUGCA